GAAGUGAAAGGGACGUCAGGAAACAACGACGGGGGCUGUCGGGGCCGAGGAGUGCGGUCGGGCGCGCAUGGGAGAUGCGGAGCGCCCCGCGGGCCGGGUGGCGCCGCCGGGGCCGCCGCGGGCCGCCGCGCCUGAGCUGAACGGCCCCGCCUCCGUGCGCGCAGGGAGCUGCAGCGGCGGGGACGGGAGGUGAGCGCCCAUCCCCGCCGCGGCGGUCGCCGCCAGUUCCCCGCGGUGGAGCAGGAGGAUGCGGCCCAGCGUCGGGCUCUGAGCGAUGGAGGGCGUCCUGUACAAGUGGACCAACUACCUGGCGGGUUGGCAGCCUCGGUGGUUUGUUUUAGACAAUGGGAUAUUGUCAUACUAUGAUUCACAGGAUGAUGUUUGCAAAGGCAGCAAAGGAAGUAUAAAAAUGGCUGUGUGUGAAAUUAAAGUUCAUGCAACAGACAACACAAGGAUGGAGCUAAUCAUCCCAGGGGAACAACAUUUCUAUAUGAAAGCAGUUAAUGCAGCUGAAAGGCAAAGGUGGCUGGUAGCACUUGGGAGUGCAAAAGCCUGUUUAGCAGAUAUCAGAACAAAAAAAGAAAAAGAAAUAAGUGAGACCAAUGAAUCUCUUAAAACCAAAAUGUCCGAACUUCGUCUCUACUGUGAUCUUUUAAUGCAGCAAGUUCAUACAAUACAAGAAUUUGUUCACCAUGAUGAGACUCACUCUCCUCCCAGCAUUGAGAACAUGAAUGAAGCCUCUUCCUUGCUUAGUGCCACAUGUAAUACGUUUAUCACAACGCUUGAAGAAUGUGUGAAGAUUGCUAAUGCCAAGUUUAAGCCAGAAAUGUUCCAGCUGCCUCACCCUGAUCCCUUAGUUUCUCCUGUGUCACCAUCACCUGUCCAAAUGAUGAAGCGUUCCAUUAGCCACCCUGGUCCUUGCUAUUCAGAAAGGAGUAAUCAGUCUGUAAAAGAACCAGUUUCAUCUGUUCACCGAUUUUCACAGCAGCGCAGAAGAACAUACUCUGAUACAGAAUCUUACACUGAUGCUUCCUUUGAAGAUUCUCAGAGAUCUGCUCACUGUUCUAGAAGUGCUGUCAAUGGAGAUCUGGUAUCAUCAACCAUUCCUGAAGAAAAUAGAUCAGUAUCAAUGGAAAGAUCUGAACUGGAAGAGACUUUUCCAUCUUUUUCUUCCUGAAGCAACUGAAAGUAUUUAAUUUUCGAUAAAUAAUGCUAUGCAAAAGCUGCUGUAAUUAUACUGUUGUUACAGGAAGUAGUCAUUUCCCUUUUUAGAAGGAUUUCUCUGCACUUUAUAGAAUAACAUAAAAACUAUCUUUGAAGUGUAUUUUAUCUUUAUAUAGUUUAUUUGCAAGAGUAUUUUCCUAAUAUUUCACAGUUUGAAUGUGCAUUUUUUGGAACAAAUGGUGGCUUAACAGAUAA